GCUGCGGAAUCGUUGCGUUAUUUGCAUUAGUUUCCUUUGGGGUUUUGAGCAUUCCUUUACACUAUACCUGUUUAAGUUCAUCAGAUUAGAGUUUUUCUACACGUUUUUAGAUUGUUGGUUAGGAUUACCACGCCCAUAGAAUGCCUUGUUUAUGAUAGAACAACCAGUCAGAGAUCGAACUCGUCAAAUGUUAUCAAAGAAUUGCAGCAGCUUCUUUACAACGCCAAAGAAGCCUUCCGCGAUGGUAGUGCCACUCGAUCUAUUAUUGAUCACGUCAAAAACAUUUUUUCUAAAGUAUUCUUACACUUGUGAGAUACAGUUUAUUGUUUGUAUGUUUAAUGAUUUCUUUUUUUAUAUUCCAGCAACCUUUAUCGUCUAACAAAAUUGAAUUCCUAAAUGUUUCCUUGUUACUCAUUCGUAACAUACUUGAAGCCACGGAGCGUUCUGUCGAGUUUGAUCCUCAAAUGCCGUCGUACUCGCAAAGCCAUAGCUACGAGAUUGAUCAACGUUUGCAGCAAAACGAAAUCGUGCUUAACCUUUUCGCACAAGGGUUUGACAACCUACUAAUGGAUAUGAUGGCUAGCUUGGCCUAUCCAGAGAAGGACGAGUGGGUUGUGACAAUCAUCCAAGUAAUCGCUGCCAUUUACAGAAAUAGGCGAGUUGAAGACAUCGAGGCUCAUCUACGAAAAAUGAGGGAAUCAAAUGCCGUUGUUUCAUUCGACAAUGACGGAAAGAAUAUUCCAUGGUCUAAUUCAACAAAUUCUGAUGAUCAACAAAAAAUGACAAACGAACAGCGAUGGAAGACUAAUAUUCGAAACUUGCGCAAUUCUUUGAAGAAACAUUUGUCUAAUGAACGUGCCAUAUCUCACGUUUUGGCUAAAUUCACCAUCGAUUUCAUGCAGAAUGGCUUUUGCAUAAUUCUGAAACAGCUGCCUCAGCAAUUAAAGAAAAAGGACAAUCACCUUAUAGAUAUGUCCCAUUUGCUUUGGCUUCUUGUCAAUUUUUUGCCCUUCACGUUCCAAUUGGGACAGAAACCGAACUUUUUGAAGGACGUGUUAACCACGGAUCUUAUGUGCUAUUUGGUUUGGGUAGUUGUUCAAGAGACGGAAAACGUCCAACUAAAUUCCAUAAAUGCUGAUACUGACUCUAAACCAAGUAUACGACGUUUACAUUUGGGUGUAAGAGCUGUAUUUGAAUAUCUUCAGGCCCUCGAGAAAUAUUCACAGAUACAAGAAUCAGGUGGAGGCAAGAACAAUUUUUCUCAGUGCGGCGAAGAGUGGCCUUUUCAACUACUCCAAAAGCUUUUGGCUAUGGACGAGCUCCGACAACUCUUUUUGCUACUGUUACAUCAUUUCAGUAAGGAGAUUCAAAGUGAUCAAUGCCUGUUUGACAUAAUCUGCGCUAACCACGUCCUGCUUUUGACGCUUGAACGGGCCGUUCGGCAGCCGGAAUACAGUGCGAGUUUUGAUUUAAAUCAUCAUAUGAAUCAGUUUUGCACAAAGACUAUAGUGGCUCGAUACGGAUCGGCCCUCGAGGAAUUUAGAACAAAUGAUUAUCUCGUGAACGAGUCCAUCUUCACUAUGUUACGUCGCGUCGGUUGUGAAUUAGGUCGGCUUGAUCUUUUAUGCCAACCGAUUAUCCUACGUCCACUCUCCAAAAUAUGGGAAGAAGACUUUGAAAUUUGUGACGACUGGCAUGACCUAAUCGAACGUCUGGUACGGAAGUUCACAGAAGAUCUGUUUAACGACUGGGAAAAGGUUUGCCCACCUACAAGCAAAUCACCGGACAAAGAAAGCUUCCAUGUAAUGGAAUCCGAUCAGCUACCGUUGGAUACCUUGGCCGAAGAAAUCGCUAGCGAUCACGAUCCUUUGACCGAAACGUAUGGAGACAUUAAAUCGCUAAUUUUCGAGCUAACUAGUGCCGGAUUCAACAAACAACUCAGUUGGAUCCAGUCAUCUUUACUUACAGCUUGUGCAGCUCGUUUAGGUAUCUACGCGGGCCAAGAGUUUCGUUACGCUGUUUGUUGUUCAUGCGUGGCAAUGAAAAUGUCAUCGCCGAUUGUUCCGUGGACAGAACUGGAAGCUUUUGGCUUGCGUUCCGAACGCUUCCGCUAUCUUCUUCAGCUGAUGGGUCUAAUUCCCCAAUUCACUCAAUUAUUUUUCUAUCCGAAAAUUCCAUCCGAAUGGUCUGCCGAUAUUCUCUUUAGCUUUGCCGUCCUUUUCGGCCCGAUUCCAGAUCACGUUGAUUUUGAUUUGACACUCGUCAAGAUAGUCAAUUUGCCCAUGCUUCCUCACUUCUGACGAGCAAAGGACAUG